AUGCGUCCAUUGAGUCUGGACGAGUAUAAACGAUAUGGAAGACAGAUGAUACAGUCAGAAUGGGGACUCCCAGGCCAGCUCAAGCUUAAACGGGCGACUGUCGCUGUUGUCGGAGCUGGUGGACUGGGAUGUCCAGUUUUGCAGUAUCUAGCAGGGGCGGGUGUGGGGACCAUCAGGAUAGUCGAUCAUGACGAGGUGGAUGUGUCCAAUCUUCACCGCCAGGUUUUGCAUACAACGGACAGAGUGGGGAGGAACAAAGCCGAGUCCGCGGCGAUGGCCAUAGAAGCUCUCAAUCCACACGUCAAAGCCGUCUCCAUUCCCAAAGCCGUUCACAACAACAACGCCAUCGAGCUCUUGUCUGGCAUAGACAUCUUGAUCGACUGCACAGAUCGACCCGAGACUCGAUACCUUUUAUCUGACACUGCCGUCCGCCUCGACAUACCCCUCGUAUCUGGAGCGGCGAUCGCAUCAUCAGGCCAAUGGGCGGUCUAUGGAGGUGUAAUGAACGGGAAGAGACGAGCCUGCUACCGUUGUAUGUGGCCAGCAGUCAUAGGCGAUGGAGGUGGAAGAUGCUCGGAUGUGGGCGUUUGGGGACCCGUAACGGGUAUGGUGGGAUGUGGAAUGGCUGGUGAAGCGAUCAAGGAGAUACUGGGUCAUGGAGAUGGAUAUAUGCACAUGAUGAGGCUCGGGACCCCGUUGAGAAGUAUCAAGCUACGCUCGCAGCGUCCCACUUGCUCAUGUGCGGGAGGUGAAGCACCGGAAAUAAGAGUGGGCGAGUGUUCGACAAAGACGACGACAGCAGUGGAGAGAGUGUCCCCGAAGGAACUACACGCUAUACAGGAUUCUGUCACGAUCGUGGACACACGCCCGCCUACAGAGUUCGGUAUCUGUGCUCUAGAGUCGAGUCACAAUGUUCCUCUCGCGGAUAUCCUUGCGCAUCCGGACGAGAUGACUCGACGGUAUCCAGGCCAGAUUGUUUUCGUCUGUAGGCAGGGAAAUGACUCGCUUCUCGCCGCGGAGAAAGUACAGGAAGCAGGAGGUACGGUGAAAGAUCUGAGAGGAGGGCUAGUCGCGUGGAGUCGUGAUGUAGAUCCAGAGUUUCCAGUCUAUUGAUGCAUUCUAUAUCUUCUUGGAGAAUGCGUUGACUUCGUCACAUGAGCCUCUGACGCAAACAAAAGGUGGGCCUUCUCCUUCAUCUCGUUCUCUAGGGUCUGGGAGGAUGCAUUUGAUGUCCUCGGGGUACGGACAAGGACAGUCUGCCGGUGUAGACACACAGGCUAAGGAUCCAGGACAGAGGUAGCCAGCACCGCACGACGCUAAUCGUGAGCGUUUUAAGACCAAUGUCAGACUCACUUUGCUCCAUCUCUGUCCAACCU